ACCUCGUCCAGUUCCAUCUCUACGAGCUCCUGUACUUUGAUCAUUCGCUCUAGCACUUCGAGGUCUACACAUCCCACCAUGUUCUCUUUCACCAAGAUCGCGUCUUUCGCUGUCCUCGCCUUGGGCACCCUCGCCUCCGCGUCUGCGCUGCCCACCGUCAAGGAUGUUGCACCUGCGGUUGUGGCCGCCCCGGUCGUUGUCCCUAGGAUGACCAUCCAAGAGCGCGAUGGCAAUACCGUUGCGACCAUCUUUGCAAGCCUGAACGUCGAGCUCGGGCCCGUUCUCUCUGGCCUAUCCGGAGCGACCGACGCGGCCACUGUCCAGUCUGGGGUCACUGAAGUGACCUCGCUGAUUCAGUCGGCGACGACGUCUUUGUCGGGCCUUGUCGGGCAGCCGCAGGCUCAGGUGCUUGUCAAUCUGGAUGGGAGUGGUCUCCUCAGCGUCGGCGACGUUGCGGGCCUUGUCGGAGGGCUGUUGAAUACUGUGUUCGGUGUUCUUGGGCCCCUUACGACGGGUUCAGGCGCGGUUGGCACUCUUGGCCUUCUCACCCCUCUUCUGUCUGCUGUAGAGUCGCUCUUGAGCGUCGUGGUGACGCUGCUGGGAACUACGGUGUCAUCUCUCCUGAGUGCUCUCCUGCCGCUCAUUCUUGGGCUCGUUCCGCAGCUCCUGAGCCUCGUCCUUUCUGUCCUUUUGGGCUUGCUUGGGCUCUGAGGAUUGUCUGAACCUUAUACAUUCACGAAGCAUGGGGGUAUAAGAUGUUCAAACGUCACUGGUUGAUAUCAUGAUUGAGACUCUUACUUUGUUAAUGCUUUGUGACAACUGUUGAAAUGUUACUUCUUUCAUAUAUUCUCCCUCGAGCGCAACUUUUUAGUUUUAGCACCUGCGACACCUUUGAGCUUCCAACAAGGAGGACAAUGCCUUUGAGAUUCUAGAAGCCAAUCCGACGACAAAAUUAUAGAGAAGGCAUGGCACUUGGGUCAUUAGUGUACUACAUAAAUGUCCAUGUUUCGAGAUUGAAGGACCAAAUCAUGGCAAUGAUGAGAUGG